AUGUCAUCAACGCAAGAAACUCUCUUCUCGCUGGAAAUGGUGAUCGAUUACGUUUGCUUUGACGGUUCACGUGGCAAUGUUUUGGAUCCUGCGGUGGCUGUUCGCUUCUUAGAUUUCCCCACACUGCUGAUAUCCCGAUCAAAACAAGAGGAUCUUCCAUCUAAAUCAGGAUACGCUGAUCUAAGCCUAUCACCUGAGGCUGUAUCUCAACCAGAUGAUGGGGAACAUCUCAAGUAUUCCUUCCAUAAAGGCAAAUCGUGUCUUUUUAAAAUCAAUUUGCAUUCGCUACACACUCAUCUCAUGAACACCCCUCUCUAUGCAAUGGUGUUGGAUGUAAAAGAUGAGAUUCCUAAACUUAUAGGAAGCUCGUUGAUUUCGCUCGCUAAAGUGACGGAGAAAAUCAAAUCUGAUGUGGAAAAACACGGUAUUGGCAACCCAUCUGCUUAUGGAGAGAGAUUGACCACCCCAAUAUGCAAUCUGAUGGGCAGAAGCAUAGGUGUUAUUUCUCUGGCUUAUAAAAUUGUAAGUCUAGGAGCUCAUUUAAUUCCUCAUAUCCCAGAAAACAGAGUAAGCAAAGCAGCCAGGGUUUCGGCUUUUACUCAAACUGAGACAACAGAGAAAAAACAGAGAAUCUCAUGGGCUGAAGAUGCACAGGAAUACACCACAUUCUGCCCUCCGCCUCUGGUUUACAGCUCCAGCGCGAAGAACCGACAGGAGAGUAAAAGCUUUACAGGGUUACUUGCAGUAAUGGAGAGCCUUAAUAUUGAGGAUCCAGAAGAUGGAAAUAAUGAAGUAGAAUCAUCUGACAUGAGUGAUUUUGCAGAGAUGAUGGCUGUAAAGGCGGACAGAUCGAUUAAGUUAACUUCGACUCCAAGGACGCAGCAUAAAGAGACGGACUCAGCUCCAUUUGGGGAUGUUAUCAGACAGUUACCACUUCUGAAUGCUUUACUAGUUGAACUCUCACAGCUGAACAUCCAGACGGCGCAGCAGCAGCAGCAGCCCUUAUCGGUUCAUCCUAACCUUGCGUGGCUGUACACAUCAGCACAGGAACCGUCAGGAGCAAAACCCAAAGCUGAGAAUCAGAAAACAAGUCCUAAACAGAGACUUGAUCAAUGCAAGAUAAAAGCAUUAAAGAGUGCAACUGGUGCGAAGAGAAACAAAGAAAAGUUGCAACCUAAGAAGACGCUUAAAUACGGCUUGACAAACACUUUUCGUCUCAGACUCAAACUGCUCAAACAAGGUACCAAACGACACGAAUGCAUCGAAUACCAGAAUGCAAAACGGGACCAGCCAUCAUCAUCUAACCAUAAACGUGUCCGUAAGGCAGUUAGCAGAGGUGUUCGUUUAGAUGAAACUGUUGAAACAUUAGUUAGCAGUUUUGAUAUGCACCCAACACCAAUUCAAACUCCAUCAAAAUCACAAACAAGACAAAGUAUUGGAAAGCAUAUCACAAAUGAGGAAAGUCAUUUGACUGAGAAAGACAAAAAAGCUCAAGUUCAUAUUCCAAGUCAGGAUUCAGACCGCAGUGACCAGCAUUCAGCUUCAUCUAUUCAUGAUUCAAACUUUAGCUUCCAGAGAGGAGAUAGUAGAGGAAGCAGCCGUCCUUGCAGGACAAGCUUGAGUAACAGCUCCUACGGACAUGAGGAGUAUCAAGACGACUUCACAAGCCUAAACACAACCGAGGGAUACUCACCCGACCCGUUUAGCAGUCCAGAACCAAGCAGACGUAAAAGAAACAGCAGUUCCAGCUCUUCAAGUUCCUCUCAUGCAAGCAAAAGUGUACCUGUUCCUGUCAAAGCGGAGAAGUCUCCACAACGCGCUCUCAAAAACACACACGUCAUCCGACCACGUCUUCAGACCUCCGCUCUGAGUCUGUCUUCAGAUGAGGAUGAGUUUGAGUCCGGACGUCACAGGCCUGGAUCACAGAGUGCUGGACAAAAGACUCCAUCUGUGCGCAGGACAUUUGGAAAAUCGGAGAGCUUUGACAGUGACCCCGGUGACAAGGCCAUGACAUUUAGCCGGGUGUCAGAGGACUCCGAUUUAGCCGCUAAUAACCCGGUGCUAAAGUCCAUUUCAUCUUCAGAGCAGAUGGACGCUGACGAGGAACGGGAUGAGCUGGACUCUCUGGGACUGGACAAGAAUUACCAUCACAUUUCAGAACUGGUCAUCAGCAAACUUCCAGGAUAUACGCUGUGAUUAAGCAAUGUUAAUUUAAUAGUGAAAAUGAGUUUACACCAGAAACCAACAUACAUUUGAUUUAUUAGUCAAUAUGAAUUCUUGCAUAAAACUGCAUUCAUUAGCAAACAGUUACUUGUGUAUUCAUUCUGUUUGAACAAAUGCAGCUUUUGAUAUGUUGACAAGUAUUUAAGAGAUUUUAUUAUUAAUAAACAAAUUUCAGAAUUUGUGAAACAGCAAAUAAAAAAUAUUUUUACAGCAAUAAACAAAGUUGUUUUCAAAUCACAGGCUUAAAUCCAUUGAGAAAUGAUUAAUGAACCAGUGUUAAGUCAUUUAGAAGGGAUAAAAUGGCAAUGUGGAUUAUUAAUAUUUGUUGUGAAUGAGAUGCUUCAUGCUUUUCUCACAAAAAACACCC